AUGGAUGAGUGGAACAUCUUCGAAAUAACCGAACAGCAAAAUUCUCCUUAUUGCACCGAGUACGACGAAGAUAUUUUGCAAACGCUGAAAGAAUGUGAAACCUGGCGCAGACGCUUGCAGUUCGUUUCCCCGCAGCUGGGCAGCCGCCAGUCGCUGGUCGAUCUUCUGCGAAACAAAAGCCAAGAAUAUGCCUACCGACGGACGACUGUUCACCUGUCAAUCUUUCUGCUGGACGUGUUUAUGAGCCACCAUUUCAUCCAACCAGAUCUCGUAACGCUCGUAGCGCUCUCCUGUUUCUAUGUCGCUUGUAAAGUCGAAGAAAAUGAACCGAAUGUUCCUUCGCUGAAAAAGUUAAACUCUUUCAGCACCCAAGAGUACAAACCCGAUGAUUACACCACGCUGGAGGUGGCGAUAUUGAAUUUUUUCAACUGGCAUGUCACUAUCCCGACGGUGGCCACCUUUGUGGAGCUGUUUUCGUUGCACAGCAUCGACGAUGGCGACUUUGUUGAUGCAGCGGCCAGCCAGGCGAGUGGUCUGUUCGAUGAGAUUCGUGACCGCUUGAUUCGUUCCUGUCUUGAUUUCGCGGACCGUUCACUGAACGAUAGUCGGAAUGCUAACAUUAAGCCAUCGCUGCUGGCAGCUGCAUGUGUGGCGGCGGCACGCUACAUCACACCGAAUAUCCGUGCCUGGAGCGAUCGUCUAUCCCGCGUAACUGGCUACGAGUACGCGCAGGUUGACGAUCUUUGCACCGAGCUUUUGUCCGUCGUUAUGUUCCCGCAAGCCGCCGCCUCGACCGUGCUGUCCGGCAGAAAACAUUCCAUUUGUGAUUCUGGGUACCUUUCCGAUUCGGAAACGACCACCGAGAGCGUUUGCAGCGACGACACCAGCGUUCAGCGUAGCUCGUCCACCAGUCCGACGAGCAGUGAAGGCCCCGGUUCAAGUAGCGAUGCCGAGUACUUGAGUGAACCCCGGGCCAAAAAGAGAAAGCUGUGCCAGUGA